UCCCACUCUCCCACUCGCCCGGUUCCUUCAGUCAGGAAGAUCGACACUUGCCGCUCUGCUUGCUCUCUGCUCCCUUCUGUUUGUGCAGAACUUCUCCUUUCUUUCCAGAGUUAUCUUGAUACCCACCAUAGCCGACUUCUCACCCUCUCUCCGUUGUGAAUGCAGGCAUUCGUUCACAAACCCUCGUCUCAUGACUUCGCAAAGACGUUGAGUCCCUCGACGGAGAUCUGCCUCGCGCCAACAAGAAUUCGACUCUCCUACCUGACGAACACCAAACUACACCCGCUCACACGCCACACAACAAAACAACACACACGGCGAUGCCCAACACGAGCCUGCGGCGCCCCCAAAAGGGCUACCGCCGCGGCGGGAAGCAGGCUUACCAUGGACCUGGCCAGACGACACGCACCUUCGCAGCCUCGAGCCGCGCCGAAGCAACAUCAGCCGAUGAGAAGUGGGAGCGCACGCGGCUGACGAAUACCAUCGACGAGAACAUGGGCUUCGCUCGCUACGAAGGCGGCAAGCGCAAGGAGGGUUGGCUCGUCAACGUGCAGCCGACGUCAGUCGAGGACGAGCGGAUACCGGGCGGCCGCGCGGCGCUCGACUGCUACUUCAUCGAGGACGACGGCUCGCACUUCAAGGCCACGGUCGAGUACGAACCUUACUUCCUCAUCGCUGUUAAAAAGGGUCGCGAGAGCGAGGUUGAAGAGUGGCUCAAGCGUGUGCCUGGCGGCGGUGUCGUCAAGACGAUCAAGCGAGUCGAGAAGGAGGACCUGAAGAUGCCGAAUCACCUAAUGGGCUACCGCCGGACGUUCCUCGAGCUGAGGUUCUCCAACAUCAACGACCUGAUGGCGGCGAGGAAGGAUAUUAUGCCGAUAGCGUCCAAGAACAGGAAGAACGUGGAUGCCUUGGACGCAUACGCUGAAGUCCAGACGACGAACGGCGACUUUGACCUUUUUGACGACUCACGAGAUGACGAUAGACGAGCCAAUGCUUCUUUUGCCGACGCCAGCGACUUCAUUGUCGAUAUUAGGGAAUAUGACGUGCCAUAUCACGUCCGGGUAAUGAUUGAUAUGGAUAUUCGCGUGGCGAAAUGGUACUUCGUCGACGUCAAGCACGGCGUCACAAAGAUCACAAUCAACGAAGACCGGCUGGCCAUGGCGGAUCCCGUUGUCAUGGCUUACGAUAUCGAGACGACGAAGCUGCCCUUGAAGUUCCCAGACGCCGCCAUCGACCAGGUUAUGAUGAUUUCGUACAUGAUCGACGGACAAGGUUUUCUCAUCACAAACCGAGAGAUCGUCUCGGAAGACAUCUCCGACUUCGACUACACCCCGAAACCCGAAUACCCCGGCUCCUUUAUGAUUUUCAACGAGCCGGACGAGAAGGCCGUCCUCGAACGCUUCUUCCUGCACAUCAAGGAGGCGAGGCCGACGGUCAUUGCGACGUACAACGGUGACUUUUUCGAUUGGCCUUUUGUCGAAGCCCGCGCUAGCGUCAACGGUAUCGACAUGUACCAGGAGAUCGGCUGGAAGAAGGACAGCGAGGACCAGUACAAGUGCAGUUACAGCGUGCAUAUGGACUGCUUCCACUGGGUGAAUCGAGACUCGUAUCUUCCCCAGGGAUCUCGAGGCUUGAAGGCUGUCACGGUGGCCAAGCUCGGAUACGACCCCGACGAGCUCGAUCCCGAAUUGAUGACGCCCUACGCCGCCGAACGGCCGCAGACCUUGGCCGAGUACUCCGUUUCCGACGCCGUGGCGACGUAUUACCUGUACAUGAAAUACGUCCACCCCUUCAUCUUCUCCCUCUGCACAAUUCUGCCCUUGGGCGGCGACGACACAUUACGGAAGGGUACCGGUACUCUCUGUGAGAUGCUAUUGAUGGUCCAGGCUUACCAGCAGGAGAUCGUGUUGCCCAACAAGCACGUCUCGCCCAGGGAAGCAUUCUACGACGGUCACCUGCUAGACUCAGAAACGUACGUCGGUGGUCACGUCGAGAGUAUCGAAGCAGGCGUUUUUCGCGCAGAUAUCCCUGUCAAUUUCGCAGUUGACACGGGUGCGGUAGACGAGUUGUUGAAGGAUUUGGACGCCGCGCUCAAGUUCAGCAUCACAGUGGAAGAGAAGAAGUCGAUGGACGACAUCGAGAACUACGACGAAAUUAGAGAGCAGAUCGCCUCGCGCUUACGUGCCCUCAAAGAGACACCAAACCGGAGCGAGCGCCCCUUGAUUUACCACCUCGACGUCGCUUCCAUGUACCCCAACAUCAUGACGACAAAUCGACUCCAACCCGACUCCAUGAUCCAGGAAUCGGACUGUGCGGCCUGCGACUUCAACCGGCCCGGGAAGACGUGUGACAGGCGGAUGCCCUGGGCGUGGAGAGGAGAGUACCUGCCGGCAAAGCGCGACGAGUACAAUAUGAUCAGGAACGCGCUCGAAAACGAAAAGUUCCCAGGCAAGUGGCCAAACUCGCCGCAGCGGACUUUCCAGGACCUUUCCCCGGACGAGCAGACGGCUCUGCUGAGGAAGCGGCUGCAGAUUUUCUCACAAAAGGUCUACCACAAGAUCCACGACUCGACGACAACGGUCAAGGAGGCUAUCAUCUGUCAGCGCGAGAAUCCGUUCUACAUUAACACCGUCCGAGACUUCCGUGAUCGUCGUUACGACUACAAGGGCAAAGCCAAGGUCUGGAAAGGCAAGACUGAGUCCCUCAAGCAGUCGGGCGCGACGUCUUCCGAAGUCGACGCGGCGAAGAAGAUGAUCAUCCUGUUCGACUCUCUGCAGCUUGCCCACAAGGUCAUUCUGAACUCGUUCUAUGGCUACGUCAUGAGAAAAGGAUCGCGGUGGUACUCCAUGGAAAUGGCCGGUGUGACUUGUCUUACGGGAGCAACAAUUAUCCAACUGGCCCGAUCGCUCGUUGAGCGCCUUGGGCGCCCGCUAGAGUUGGAUACCGACGGUAUUUGGUGUAUGCUUCCGGCCACGUUCCCGGAGAACUUUGCUUUCAAGACGAAAAACGGAAAAAAGGUCACCAUCUCGUACCCUUGUACUAUGUUGAACCAUCUGGUCCACGCCAAGUUCACGAAUCACCAAUACCAGACGCUCGUGGACCCCAAGACGCUCAAGUACGAAACUCAUAGCGAUAACUCCAUUUUCUUCGAAGUCGACGGUCCCUACAAGGCCAUGGUUCUGCCUACGUCCAAGGAGGAGGAUAAGAACUUGAAGAAGCGCUACGCCGUCUUCAACGACGACGGUAGUCUGGCCGAGUUGAAGGGUUUCGAGGUGAAGCGCCGAGGAGAGUUGAAGCUUAUCAAGAUCUUUCAGCAGCAAAUCUUUAAGUUCUUCCUCGAAGGAGAGACCCUGGCCGAGUGCUAUGCUGCCGUUGCCAAGGUCGCCAACCAGUGGCUGGACGUCUUGCAUAGCAAGGGUUCGACACUGGCGGACGAGGAGCUGAUGGAGCUCAUUUCCGAGAACAGAAGCAUGUCCAAGACGCUCGAGGAGUACGGUUCGCAGAAAUCGACGUCCAUCACCACGGCCAAGCGUCUGGCGGAUUUCUUGGGUGAACAGAUGGUCAAGGACAAGGGACUCAACUGCAAGUUCAUCAUCUGCGCGAGGCCGAAAAACGCCCCUGUCACCGAGAGAGCCGUACCCGUCGCCAUCUUCUCCGCCGAGGAGACGACGAAGCGUUUCUACCUGAAAAAGUGGCUGAAGGAGGAACCUCCCGACACCGACCCGAGAGCUCUACUGGACUGGGACUAUUACCUUGAGCGUCUGGGGUCCGUCAUCCAGAAGCUCAUCACCAUUCCGGCCGCGCUCCAGAAAGUCAGGAACCCCGUCCCCCGCGUCGCCCAUCCCGAUUGGCUCCAGCGCAGAAUCAACAUCAAGGACGAUAAGAUGAAGCAGAAGAAGCUCACGGAUCUGUUCACCAAGGGGCCUCUAGAGGACAUCACCAACCUCAACGGUCGAUCUGCGGCCGACAUGGAAGACUUUGGUGGCCAGCUUCUGAAGCCAAAGCCUGUGACUUCGGUGGUGGCUUCGUCGCAGCCUGCUGCUCCCACUUCUCAGAAGCGAAAGUCGCCUGGACCUGCCGAGAAUGCCGAUCCCUUCGCUGCCCUGCCCAAGGAGAUGCCCUCACCUUCAGACGACUACGUCGGUUUUCUGCAAUACCAGAAACAGAAGUGGAAGAUCCAGAAGCAGGCGCGCAUCCGGCGACGACAGCUCUUCGGAGACCGGCGCGGCAAUAACCAGAACAAUAUUCAGAACACGUUCAUGAAGCAGGCACACAUGACCUUCAUGAACACGUGGCAGCUCCUGCAUCUCAAACCAACGGAGACACCUGGCAUCGUUAAUGCACACGUCCUUAUCGAUGCGAAGAUCCACUCGCUCAAGAUCAAGGUGCCGCGACAGGUAUUCCUGAACCUCAAGAGCGGAGAAAUGCCAGACGUCGACAUCCCGGGAUGUGAGGUCGAGCAAGUUAACCAUACGCUACCGAACGGGCAUUCGUCAGUCCAUCUUUUCAAGCUGACCGUCCCCGAGGAUGUCUAUUUCGCCGAGGCCGACAAAUUCUCGCUGCUAUUUAACCACCCAAGCGUCGAGGGCGUGUACGAGAAGCAUCUGCCUCUGAACAUCCGUGCUGUUCUUCAGUUGGGCAACCAGUGCGCCAUUGACGAGCGGCAACAUGCGGUGCUUGGAAAGGGUCUCGAGCAAGGGUUCGACUUGCUCGGCCUCAAACGUCCCUUGAAGCCCCGGACCUACCUCGAGACCUCGCCACUCGCGUACAUCUACAUCUCCCACGUCACUGCAGGCGACAGACAGAUUUUCGGAGUCUUCUCAACACUGAAAGACGAAGCGCACGUCAUUAUCUUGCAGAAGGGCAGAGAUUCAGGACAAGACCUCCCCAAUAUCUCACGGAUCUACACCGAGCUGCUGGCGCGACGAGGAGAGGAGGCGGCGGGCACCAACUGGCAGGACUGCUUCACGUACCAGGAAAAGCUGAACUUCAAGAUCACGCAAGUGACGACUCGACGAAAGGCGCAUUUGGAGCUUAGCGACGUGGUCAAGAAGAUGAGGAAGGACGAGCUGCGGCCACUGAUGAUGGUCAUCCAGUCGUCUCAGCGCAACAUGCUCAUCAACGACGUCCCCAUCCUCGGCGAGUUUCCUGUACUGCCGCUUAAGUACGACCCCGCCGACAGCUCUCUCCCACCGCUCGGCUGGCAAGCAGUCGUGGCCAGACGACUUGUUGGACACUACCUUGGUCUUGGCUCCUGGAUCGUGCAUCUGAACACCCUUGCGCGGUACGGCGAGGUUCCACUCUGCAACCUCGAGCGAGAAGACCCCCGUUUCCUCAUAGAUAUCGCGUACGCCAGGCGGCUGCAGAACAACAACGUCGUGCUGUGGUGGUCCGCGGGCCCUCGGCCUGACCACGCUGGCCACGAGAAGGACGACAUCACCGGACCUCUAGAAACUGUCCAGAUGCCCGCGACCAACAACCCUGGCACGUUCUCGUCGGUCUGUAUCGAUCUGGAAGUCAGAAACCUGGCCAUCAACACGAUAUUGACAUCCUCCCUGAUCAACGACUUGGAAGGGUCGGAGUCCAUCUCGUUCAACCCCGCUGGGGAUGGAAACGCAGCAGGGGAUGAAGUCAUCUCUUCGGAGGGCACCUUUGCAAAUGCCGGUGUCCUGGUGCUGCGCGAGAUGGUGAAGAGUUGGUGGCAAGAAGCCUGCAAGGGCAGCGCGAUGGCCGACGUUAUGGUUCAGCACCUCGUCCGCUGGGUCGAGAACCCCGACUCUUUCCUGUAUGACCGCGCGCUGCACUACUACGUGCAGAUGAUGUCUCGCAAAGCCUUCCAGCAGCUCAUGGCCGAUUUCCGUCGCGUCGGUUCGCAGGUCAUCUUUGCCAACUCCAACCGUCUUCUCCUGCAGACGACCAAGGCCGAGGUGGGCACCGCCUUCGCGUACAGUCAGUACAUCAUCAAGUCGAUCAAGAGCAAGCCCCUUUUCCACUUCAUCGACCUUGAGAUCAAAGAAUACUGGGACUACCUGGUGUGGUACGAUGAGUUCAACUACGGAGGCAAAGCUUGUCAGGAGGUCGUGGAAGCGGAGCAACAGACUCUCGACACCGUCAUGCACUGGCAGAUGGCCACCUUCCUUCCCAUCCGCCUGCAGCCGACGUUCCAAGACUGGGUCAUCGAGUUCAUCCAGCUCAUGCACAACCUCAAGCGGCCUCUGAACGGAGACCCCUCCUCGACGCCGCGCCUUACCCAGCUCCCGCAAAAGUCUCUCGCCGAGGGCGCUGAGGGGCAGAUCAUCCUCGGCAAGGCUUUUGAGAAGCCCCUGAAGAAGGACAUCGCCAACUUGAUCAACCUGCAGAAGCGCGAGCUCCUCCACCCAGAGCUGGCGGAGGACUACUCCUUCCCGCACCUGCCCGGGUCACACCUUACGCACCUCUCAUCGCGCAACGCCGUGCUCGAGCUUGUCAAGGCGCUGAUGCAGGUGCUCUCGCUCGACAAGAACAUCACGCUCGAGGCGCGCCUACUGCGCAAGGAGCUGCUCGCCAUGUUUGACGUGCGCGAGUUCAGCAAAGAGGGAGCGUUCCAGAACCCAAGCGAGAGCCUGAAGGUGAUUCAGCUCAGCUGCGACAGUUGUACGAUGGCGCGCGACCUCGACUUCUGCAGGGAUGAGGACCUGUUGCCGGAGAUGGGGCCGGACGGCAAACGCCUGAGCCCGGAGACGCGGCCGUGGCGGUGUACCUUUUGCGAAGCCGAGUACGACCGCAACGCCAUCGAGGAGAUGCUGCUGGCGCGGGUGGAGGCGUUCGUGGUGGAAUGGACGACGCAAGAUCUCAAGUGCGGCAAGUGCGGCGCGCUGCGGAUGAACGAGCUCAUGGAUCACUGCACCUGUAGCGGCGAGUGGGUGGAGAGCGUGAGGAGGGCGGACAUCGUGAGGCGGCUGGGAGUGUUUUGGAACGUGGCCAAGUUUUACGGGUUGAAGAUGCUAUUGGAGGUCACGGAGGGGCUGAGGAAGGGGCUUUGAAGAUACUUGGGAGCCAUUUUUAUACUGGGACGCAUGAGGGAUGUUAUGAUAUCACUGGCGCUUUUGGGAGAAGGAAAAGGUUUGCCUUUUGAGGCUGGAUGAACAUAGGGGGGUUGCAUAUGAUCGAGACCCCUGAAUACGACGGUAAUAAUGCAC